GCAUUAGUUGUCAACAACAAUUGGACAUCUAGCGACAAUUAUUGGUACUUUUUAAGCGCUUAUCAGUAAGUAACUUUUCUCUUCUCCAUUUUAUAUUUUAUAGUGGCGUGUAUCGUAUGUAGCGUGUGUAGCCGUGGUUGUUCGAAUCCGUCCAUCUCUGUCCCUGUUUCAUUCCCCCUCUCUAGUUUUCCCGCAAUCUCUGUCAUCACGAGGAUACACGGGUACCGCGAAUAAAUUUCCUUAGCCCCUAGGAUGGCCGCAAUGAUGCUGUCCAACUGUUCUCGAAUCGCGCCCCGGACAUUGACACGUUUAACAUCAUUAUCACGUGCUGAGGUCGUGAGGUCUCUGCAUCUAGAAGGGCGUGUUCUCAGACCGAAAACAAGGUGCCUAGCUAAUGAAUUAUCUCAUCACUUAUCCAAGAAAAGUCCCAUUUGUUGGACUCAGACGAGACAUAUACGCUCAACUCAAGUAUUAUGGGAGCUGAAAGAUGUCGUAGUUCCACCUUUUGCGGACAGUGUCAGCGAAGGUGAUGUAAGGUGGGAAAAAAAAGUUGGUGACCAGGUAAAAGAGGAUGAAGUCGUUUGUGAGAUCGAAACCGACAAGACCUCUGUACCUGUACCAGCCCCUGGCGCUGGUGUGAUUAAAGAGCUUUUCGUCAAAGAUGGCGAUACCGUGAAAGCCGGACAAAAAAUAUGUAGCCUCGAUAUCGGUGCUACUGGUGGAAAUGUCGCCGCAGCAGCUGAAGCUCCUAAAGUAGCUGCAGCACCACCUCCACCAUCUCCUCCAAAAGCAGCUGGUUCACCACCACCACCACCACCACCGCCGCCGCCGCCUCCACCAUCGACAGCCCCUGUAUCACCUCCAGCUGCCAGACCACCACCACCUCAAGCACCCACUGCCUCAAUGCCCGUAGCUGCCAUUAAACAUGCCCAAUCGUUGGAAGGUGCCAAAGUUCAAUUACCUCCUCUUGAUUACGCACGUGAGAUUAUCGGCACUCGAACUGAACAAAGGGUUAAAAUGAAUCGUAUGCGGCUUCGUAUUGCUGAACGUCUAAAGGACGCUCAGAAUACCAAUGCUAUGCUUACCACUUUUAACGAAAUCGACAUGAGCCACAUAAUGGAAUUCCGUAAACAAAAUCAAGAAGCCUUCACUAAAAAAUACGGUCUUAAAAUGGGAUUCAUGAGUCCAUUCAUCGCAGCUAGUGCUUACGCGCUUAAAGAUCAGCCAGUGGUUAAUGCGGUAAUUGAUGGUACAGACAUCGUUUACCGUGACUAUGUCGAUGUUAGUGUAGCUGUCGCUACACCUAAAGGUCUUGUUGUGCCUGUUUUACGCAGCGUAGAAAACAAGAACUUUGCCGAAAUUGAAAUCGCUCUUGCUGCAGUUGGUGACAAAGCAAGAAAAGGUAAAAUAUCUGUUGAAGAUAUGGAUGGUGGUACCUUCACAAUCAGCAACGGUGGAGUAUUUGGUUCACUGAUGGGAACACCGAUUAUCAAUCCUCCACAAAGUGCCAUUCUCGGUAUGCAUGGUGUUUUCGAUCGACCAGUAGCUGUUAAGGGACAGGUCGUAAUCCGUCCCAUGAUGUACGUUGCUCUGACUUACGACCAUCGAUUGAUUGAUGGACGUGAAGCCGUUCUGUUUUUGCGUAAGAUAAAGGAUGCGGUUGAAGAUUCAAGAAUAGUUUUAGCUGGUCUUUAAAUUAUUAAUCAACGUUAUCCCGUCACACGAGAACGCCUUGCAACUUUUUGCAUAAUUGUACAAACAAAAAAACGUGUAAUAUAAUUUAAAUUUUCAUACAUUGACAAUCCCGUUAAUUUAUGGAUAACAUCAUGUUGUAUUUACAACAGCCGGGGUUUCCUACUUAACUACAGUACAUUGACGUUCAUAUCAAUUUAAUUCAUUUGUCGUUUUUCUGUUUCUUAUAUUUGAAUAAUUGUUUUCAUUAAAUUAUUUUUCGUAAAAUACUCAUUUUAUUAAAGUUGUAAAAAUAUUAAUUAACAGUAUCGUAUUGUUGGCAAAUGGGCAAGUCGUUGUGAUUAUAUUUCUAGAUUAUUGAAGAGGACUAUUCUGCGUAAACCAAAAUGUAUAUAAUUGUAACAAAAAUUAUUACGUUGUGAGCGGAAUGGAGAUUAUUGAAGAGUAUCUUAUUUUAAUCUUUAUUUACAAAAGCAUCACUUUGUGAGACUUACUCCAAAAUAAUACGUAUUUUGAAGCUACAACUACUUAUAAUACAUUUUUUUUUUUUUUUUUUUUUUUUUUUUCAGCAAGAUCUUGAAUACGUAUAUAUUUAUUAUUUUAAAAAAGUAAAUGAUACUUCUUCAGUAUUUUACGUCAGUUCCCUCGUCUACAAAUAUAAGACGUAGAUAAAAAUAA